AUGCUUGUAGCGCAUAAUCAAGUACACGACACCCCAAACAACAUGGAUCAACAGGAACCACCAGAGUUUAUUCUCGAUGUUUUUACUGAUCCGCGCUCCGUUCGCGACGUGGUUAAAGGUAUACUUCAUACGAUAUUCUUUCACAGAUUCUUUCCUUCUCUAGUUCCUCAAACUCGUGAAGUUCUGGACCUCACCCUCCCCUAUGUGGACGACGAUGAGCUCGAGACCAUGAUAGAGCAGCGCGUCGCGGCGUUUGAGCGACAGAUAGACACACAGCGCUCAUCCGGCGGAACAAACAAUGUUUCUGGUGGAAGCGCGACCGGCGGGCGCGGACAGUUGGUUGUGCAGUUCUUUGAGAAGCGCCGGCGCAAGGCUUGGUUAUCUCGUGGGGAUGAAGAGGUUUGCUGGGAAUGUUGGACGAUCAAAGUAACCGUCGCCGAGCCCAGAACAGAAAGCGAGCGGGCCAAAGUUCGACGCGCCAUGGAACAAACCCUUCUAACGACGGCGAUGAAGAUUGUUACGUUCGCAAACACUCAUAAGGACCACAUACCACCCAUCACCACCCAAGGGACGAACCCGUUCCCAUACAAGAUUAAUCUCGACCAGAAGGAAGCAACAGGCUGGGCAACACGAAUGCGAAUAUACUGA